AUGUCAAAUUUGAGUGAAAUCUCGGGCGGCACGGCAGUGGCUGCGGCCGCGGGAACAGGCUCUGGAUCGGGUCCAGCAUCUGGGACGGGAGGAGGCCACCAGCGUCCCCGCAUGGACAUUGCGGUAGUAAUCGAUUGUGAGCAGAGCGCUUUUCUCAACCAACGAAAGGCAGCCCUCGAGGAAGUGCGGCAGGCGUGCGCUCAGGUUGGCGGAAAUCUUCAGCUGCUCCUGUUCGAAGUACUCGACUACGGUGACCUUAACACGCUCGAGUCGUUCUACAAUGCCGACAUCGUGGUGGUUGACCUAAGCGUACAGACGCAGCAAAGCACGCUCUGCUAUCAGUUGGGCGUGCGCGAAAGCUUCGAAAUGAAAGGCAAUAUUGUCAUCUAUAACGACAUGCAGAACGAGGCGACACUGCGUAUGAAGCUUUCGUGUGGCAACUAUCAGUUUGUUUCAUACCGGCUGCACGAGAGUGGCAACUGCGUGUUGAUUACGAGCCCGCUCAAGAGCGGUGUAGCCGACGAUCAGCCUUCGUUGCUUCAAUCCGGUCAGCAGCAGCAUCAACAACCCACUCAGCAGACCCAGCAGCAGCAACAGCCGACAUCACUACUCGCUGCGCUUCGGAAAUUGUUCCAAGAAGUGGAGAUCCAGUCGAAGGCACAUUUGCGCGAAAAGUUUCUGUCGGAUCUGCGAAGCUUGCGCGAUCAGCAUGCAGGCAAUGUAGAGGAGCUGCAGCGCAUGUUGCGCAAUAUGCGGAAGCGCCUCGACGACCCUCAUGUUCUCUCGAAGGAGAUCGUUCAGACGUACAUGCUGUCGUUGCGCGACGUUCAGGAUUACGACGCAAUGGUGCAGCUGGUCGAUGAUUUGCAGACGAUACCAAACAAGCAGAACUACAUCAAUACCGGCCAUAUGCACUACCUGUACGCGUUCGCGCUGAAUCGCCGCAAUCAGGAGGGAGACCGGGAGCGUGCGCUCCGUACCUGUACGAAAGCGCUCGAGAAGAAGGAGAACCAUUUCCCAGACAUGCUGUGCCUGUACGGACGAAUCUACAAGGACAUGUUUGUGGAAUCGAACCACACUGAUCAGGAAAGUCUCCGAAACGCGAUUAUCUGGUACCGGAAGUCGUUCGAGGUACAGCCGAACGAGUUUGCCGGCAUCAACUUGGCCACACUGCUAGUGAUUGACGGCAAGGACUUCAGCGACAGUGAGCUACAGUACAUCGGUAUGAAGUUGAACAAUCUCAUUGGCAAAAAGGGCUCGCUGGCACAGAUCCGCGACUACUGGAACGUGGCCACGUUCUUCGAAAUUUCAGUGCUGGCGGAGAACUACGCUAAAGCGAUUCAAGCCGCCGAAUACAUGUUUAAAUUACGACCGCCGAAAUGGUACUUGAAAUCAACCAUCGGUAACAUCAUGCUGAUUGAUCGGGCGCGCAAGCGAACCGAAGAACAGGGUGCACUCCCAAUCGAGCAGCAAAUCUUCCAGUUUUGGAUGGAAUUUUUUCUUGAAGCGACCGCCCUUGAGCCCACCAGUACGGUGCGAUUUCCGAUACUGAUCCUCGAACCACAGGAAAUCUACAUGCCGAGCUACGUGUCGAUCCACAUGGACGCGGAGCAGAAGUCGUUCGACAUUUCGAACAUUUGCCAGCAACACGCGAAGGGCAGCUGCCUAAAGUUGCACGACUUCAACUUUCUUGCCAGCCAGAUCAAGUCGGUCAGCCUGUACAAGCGGGAUGAACGCUGCGCCCACUUGUACGUCCAUCAGAACUCGGGCGAUUUCCAGAUCUACUUCCCGUCCGCCCAGUGCCGCCAAACGUUUUACGACCUGAUCCUGGAGAUGACAGCCGACCAGGGGUCGGGGUUCAUUGAUUUGUUCUCCGCUGACACGACGGCUGACGAGCUGAAGUAUGAGUACGAGACAGAUGAUCAAGGUCGGCGCAUCAUCCUCGGCAAGGGCACGUACGGCAUUGUGUAUGCUGCCCGCGACCUCACCACGCAAGUGAAAAUUGCGGUGAAGGAGGUCCCCGAAAAUAACACGCACGACGUACAGCCGUUGCACGAGGAAAUCAAGUUACAUUCGCAGCUGCGUCAUCGCAACAUCGUCCAGUACUGGGGUUCCAAGUCGGAGCACAAGUUUUUCAAAAUCUUCAUGGAGCAGGUGCCGGGUGGAUCGCUGUCGGCGUUGCUGCGAUCCAAGUGGGGUCCGCUCAAGGACAACGAAACAACGAUCGCGUUCUACUCGCGUCAAAUACUCGCGGGGUUGAAGUACCUGCAUGAUCAGAAGAUUGUACACCGCGACAUCAAGGGGGACAACGUGCUUGUUAACACGUACAGCGGCGUGGUGAAGAUAUCUGACUUUGGCACCUCGAAGCGGCUGGCUGGCAUCAAUCCAGCAACAGAGACGUUCACCGGUACAUUGCAGUACAUGGCGCCCGAGGUGAUCGAUCAGGGUGUUCGGGGCUAUGGGCCGGCAGCUGACAUCUGGUCCUUUGGGUGUACAGUGGUCGAGAUGGCAACCGGCAAGCCACCGUUCAUCGAGCUCGGCUGCCCGCAAGCGGCUAUGUUCAAAGUUGGCUUCUACAAGACCCAUCCAACCAUCCCCGAGGAGCUGUCCGAACGGGCCAAAACCUUCAUCCUACGUUGCUUCGAGGUAAACGUAGACAAACGUGCAACGGCCGCCGGUCUGCUUGAUGAUCCAUUCCUUUGCGACAUGACCAAAAAGAUGCGUCCGUCGAUCAGCAGCGGUAGCCCGAGCGGACCCAUUGGUGGCGGUGGCGGUAGUGGUAGCGAAAUGCUGCCACCCACUUUUUCCGGUUACGAAUUUGGUCGCAGCGUUAGCAUGCCCGCGGAUCGUCACGUCACGAAAACGCUCACCUCACAGCAAAGCACAGUCAGCUGCAACACACCCACGAUCGGCACCGAGACGAACUCAAGCUCACCGGCUUUCUAUGCCAGCAACCCUACAACACAAUCGGUCUCGCUCCGGAAGAACAAGCAUCUCUCCCAUCUGACUCCAAUCAAGAUGCCUAAACAAGGGGGGGCCAACAGUAUCGGGAACCUCGCCGAAACACCAUCAUUGGAAAUCGAGCCAGCAUCGGAGACUCCGACCACAUUUCAUUUGAACCGUCGCAGCUCCACCGGAGUACUGCUUUCACCAGAGGUUGAGCUGACGACGUCGACGACGAGCAAGUCGCCUCUGGGUGGCGAAGCAAACGAAAGCGAUGGAUUUUACCUGUUGAAGAAAGAUUCUCAGCGACGCACCACACUGGACAAGGUGCUGUACCACGAUGUAACGAAGAUCUGCGGAGUAUGGUUGGAGAAGAUAGAAUCGGACCGGAAGGAAAAGGUGGUCAUUACGCGGGCGCACCUCGAAACCCUGCUCAACGCACUGCGUCGCUACAUCGCGGAGCAACGCAAAGAAACGCUCGAGCAAGCGAUCGGUCAACUUAAGGAGCAGCUCGAUUUUGAUUCGACCGCCAUCGACCACCUGCACCUUGCGCUGUACUCAUUUCAGGACGCCGUCAUCACUGUGCUCCGGUCUCACAACAUCAAACCGCACUGGAUGUUUGCGUUGGACAAUCUGGUGAAGAGUGCUGUCCAGGCGGGUAUAAUGAUACUGUCACCUGAACUUGGCCGUAACCUCGCCGGUGACCCACCGAAUGACGAUGAAGAGGACGAAAACGAUGAGAUGGGUGCUGGUGGUGGUGUUGGCGACGCCGUCGAUGGCGGUACAGCGACCGGGUGGCUUGGCGCGACGAAGGGAGGAGCUCACGACGGUCCGCAUACCCAGUCAAUGAUGCGGGAUGAUCGCGAUAGUGCUCGCGGCAUUUUGGGCACCACCAAGUACGUCUUCAGUGAUGACGAGGAGGAUGAUGAGGCUGACGGCGAGGAAGGUGCGGACCGAAACCAGCUUAUCGAUUCGUCCAGCAUCGCGGCCAUCGCCACCGACACGGCCGCCCGGACCACAAAGCGAAACAUAGCACUAAAGGUGGAAAACAUGAGACUGAAGGAGUGCGUCGUGGAAUCUCAGCGAGCGUACCAAGCCACCUUCCAGGCACUACUCAACAGUGGUACUUUAACGCAAUGCCUCAGCAACCAAUUGGCCGCACUGUUGGAGGGCGGCAGUCGUGCCGAACGCUCUGGUACCAAGCGCCGAUCGCCGGACAGUGCCCAGCGCACAGCGAACUUGAACCACCACCGCCGUACGCAGGAAGCGAAAGAGGACGGCACGGUGGAGGGGAUGGUGCAGCAGGACGAGGAGGAGCGCGGAUUGCAGCGUUCGAGUGACGGUGGCGAAAGCGAGACUCCGACCACCACCAUCGUUGAUCGGGACAGGAAGGCGUUGAACGGUUGGCUUGAACACCACGGUAUCGACCGGUACGCCUCCCGCCAACGAAUACUGCGCGAAGGUUUUCGAUUUGACGAUUUUCUCUACGACCUCGAGCGUGAAGAUCUGCGACGAUUGAAGUUGAGAAUGGGAGAAGAGCUACGCAUCUGGAGUGCGCUAAAAGUGCACCGAAAGUUGCAUCCCGCUCGUUACGCAAUCAACAACGAUGACGAUGCGGACGACAACGACG